AUUUCGCUACGACACAUUUCAGUGUGACACCGUGUAACAACGUGACCUUCCUCUAAUAUUUGCAAGCAUGGACGCCGCGACAAGUCAACACAACUUGGAACUCAAAGCUGAGACAAGUGGACAUUAAAUAGGACUUUUAACGAGGCGCUUUUGUUGCCAGUAACGUUUUUGUGACAGAGGAAGUCGAAGAGCACCGCGUUGGAAACAAAUUUGGUUCCGCUCACAUGCCGGCAGUCCAGCAUUGACAGCCCCUGCUUCAUGGUUUUAGGACUCUUGACACAGCUCCAGUGUAAAGCUUAUUGUCACGAUGUUACGACUCUUCUCCAAUCAGCCUUUUCGUGAACUCUGGAGGUGCAGUCAUCUUGUGGCAUCCUGUGUCACCAAGAGGAAAGUCCUGCGUUUCCUCCCAGUCAGCAGCGCCUGUGAUCACCACACACUCUUUGUUCGCCACUUGAAUACUGGGAGCCCACUAUGGAAAGAUGCCCUCCAGCCAGAAAGCGACAUAUCCGAGAAAAUGGAGACAGUAGAUCUGGAAAAAUGGAAAUCUGUCAUGAGAUCUCAAGCUGCAUCGAAAGAGAAAAAGGGUGUCGGUGAUGAAGAUGAAGCAAGUGACGAUGAAGCAGAGGGAAAGGUGAGUGGCGGUUCUUCGCUGGAUGCAACUCGGGAGCUGGUUGAAAUGUGGCGGCUCGCAGGGAGGCUUGUCCCUGAAGAGAUAACUGAUGAACAGGUUCAGUCGUUGGCAGAGCUUACCACCAAAUCCGCCAGGAAGAAGUUCCUGAAGUUCCUGGCUAUCAAGGAGGGCCACAAGAAGGCGCGUAAAGAGAAGCAGCAGAAGAGGAAGGCAGAAAGGGAAGCCUCGAUCGAGCAGAGUAGCCAGGGUGGCAAAGCAUUCCUCCUUAAGUUCUGGACCCGCUCCCUUGACAAGGUGCUGGCCUGGAGGAGCGCCCAGGCCAUGGUGUUCGGUCAGCCGCUUGUGUUCGACAUGAGCUAUGAGUCCAACAUGUCCAAGCGAGAGUUGGAGAACACAGUCUCCCAGCUGAUGGAGGUGGAAGGGUGGAACCGGCGUGCCACCGAACCCUACCACCUCCACUUCUGCAACCUGCAGCCGGACGGCGCCUACAAGCAGGAGCUGCUCAAACGAUACGGAGAAGAGGCCUGGGACCGCCUGCUCAUCACCGCCACUGACCGUCAGCAUGUCGAUAUGUUCCCCCGCGAGCAGCUCGUAUACCUCACUGCAGACUCGCCCAAUGUCCUCCACACAUAUGACCCCUCUAAGGUCUACAUCAUCGGAGGUCUGGUGGACAGGUCAAGCCAGUCGGGCUUGUCGUUGGCCAAUGCCAAACGACUGAAGCUGGCUACAGCCCGGUUACCGCUGGAUGAGCUCCUCCACUGGGAGGUGGGAGCCAAAAAUCUGACUCUGGACCAGAUGGUCCGCAUCAUGCUCACUCUUAAGGACACGGGCAAAUGGGAGGAGGCACUUAAGUUCGUUCCCAAGAGGAAGCAUGAUGGCUUCUACCAACAGAAACAGAAUAACAGUAACAAUAACAGAGUCAAGGGAGUCAUGAAUAGGGAUGGUGAGAGGUGGACUUUUAAAAAUGAGGCACAGAGUCUGAACAGGCCCAUUAGACAGUCUGGGUUCACUGGGAGAGACAGAAUGGCUGGACUAUACAGUGACAGGGAAAACACACCAGCUUCAACCAGAGUACGGACAUCAUUUAAGAACAGUGUGGAGGGGAGAAAAGUCGCAGGCAAGAGCAAUACAUGGUGGAGCGACGAAUGAAGACAACAAAAAUUGUAACUUUGGUAAAUAAGAACAUGCGUACAAGCACUGUUUGAGGAAAAGUCAAAAACUGAUAUAAGUGGUGAAUAAAAUGUUGUAACAGGUAGACACUGGU